AUGUCUAUAUUCGAAAAAGUAUUUAAGGGCGAAGAAACCGUAGCCAAUGAAAUCACGCGUAAGGCAGCAUUUCGCCUGGGUAAGCUAAAGGAGAAUGGCCUUCGUCGUCCUCUGAAGAUGGUUCUCGGUGCCAAAACCCAAGCCGAGGAGGUCUUCCGUCGCUCAUACCGUCCGAAAGACGAUCCGAUGCGACUGUUACGUGAUCUGGAGCCUGAAGAGCGCUCCAGGUUGAAAGAUGCACUUAUGGAGCUUCGUGAAAGGCAAUCCCAAGGAGAGGAUAAUUUAAUUAUUCGGGAUUUUCGCGUUGUCAGGAAGAGGCUGCAACUGAAAUGGCCUCCGUUUCACACAUACAGUGCAGUGGUUCGCGCCAUGAACGGAUCAUAG